AUGAAGGUGACAUCUCAUCUCACGUCUGUGCUGGCCGCCACGGGUUUCUUGCAAUCCGGCGUCCAAGCCGUCCAGCCUCUCGUUGACGUCGGGUACGCCAAGUUUCAGGGAGCCGUGACAAACAAGGCGCUGGGCGUCACAAGUUGGAAGGGCAUCCAGUUCGCCGCCCCUCCCGUUGGCAAGCUUCGUUUCGCUGCCCCAGCCGACCCGCUCCAGAGAGGCACGGUCAACGCAUCAGCCCACGGUCCCAUCUGCCCCCCGCAGCAGCCGGGGGACUGGACCGUCACCGGUACCUAUGAUCGCUUCACAGUCGACGAGGACUGCCUGUACUUGGCCGUGACAGCGCCCUCCAAGGCCUCGAAGAACUCAAAGUUGCCCGUCGUCUUCUUUCUCCAGGGUGGCGGCUUCUCCUCCAACUCCAACGCCAACUGGGAUGCCAGCGAGAUUGCAGCUGACGGCAAUGUCGUUGUCGUGCAGAUCAACUACCGCGUCGGCAUGUACGGCUUUCUCCAUAGCAAGGAAGUCCGCGCGGGCGGCUCGCUCAAUGCUGGUAUCAAGGACAUGUUCAAAGCCCUGGAAUGGGUGCAGAAGAACAUCCACAACUUUGGUGGCAACCCUAACCAAGUCGUCCUCGACGGUGUGAGUGCCGGUGGCUCAGCCGUUGGUCUACUCAUGGCUGCAAACACGGGAAGCAAGAAGAAGCCUUUCGCCGGAGGCAUCGUCGAGUCAGGCGGCUGGGUCACGAUGCGCACGCUGGAGCAAGGACAGGGACAAUACGAUUGUCUCGCCAAGGAGAAGGGCUGCGCCGACUCGGCCGACUCGCUCUCCUGUCUGCGCGCCCUGAACCAGUCAGCUGUCCGGUCGUCCAACUGCUGGUUCAACCCCAAUAUCGACGGCGAACUUUUCUCCGACAGUUUGGUGAACCUCUUCCGCACGGGCAAGUACACCAAGCUCCCGACCAUCUGGGGCACUUGUGCCAACGAGGGUACCAAGUACUCGGCGCCGCAGUCCACCAAUACGACGGAGCAGGCCCUCGGCUUCAUCAAGGGCAAUGAUCCCUCGCUUUCGGACAACUCGCUCGCCAUCAUCGACGACCUGUACAUUGAUGUCCCGCAGCCCGUCUUCCCGGACUCGGGCAUCAAGUGGCGCCAGGCCGCCAACGCCAUCGGCGACAUUGGCAACCACUGCAUCGUCCGCAACGUCCAGAAAUACCUUGCGCGUGACGAAGCCACGACUUGGAACUACAAGCUUUUCGUGCAGACAAACAACACGCACAUGGAGAAGAUGAGCUCGGCGCAGAACCUGAGGUGUGAUGUCGUGAGGCCUGUAUCGGAGAAUCUGGGCAAGCCGGCCAACAGUGGCGUUGUGACGCAGCUGGAUGAAAAGCUGGCUGCUGGUAUUAACGGCACGACCGAGGAUACCACUUUGUCCUGA